AUGCGACUAGAAAUCCUUCUUCUGGCGGUUUUCAUCCCGACAAUAUUUGCCCUUCCCAGCUUCACUGAAUUUUUCGAUCCGUCCAAGUGGGAUUUUAAUGCCGGCUUGAAAAAGUUCAACUCAUGGCUUUCGGCAGAUGAUAGCGCAUCAAAGUCUACGCGGGAGACAUGCUUCAGUCGGAUUAAAGAUUCCCUAAAGACAGAUCACGGUUUUGAUCAAGCUCUCACCAGAAAAGUGAAAGAAGGAAAAGUAGAAGAGGCUGUGGAAGAAACGUUGGCACAGGCUGGUAAAAUAUGUGACGCCGCCCAACAACAACGAAUGAUCGCAUUUUUCCACAAAUACGGCAGUUCAAUUAUGAACGCGAAAGAUAUUCUGGCUGAGGUGCAUCAAGACGAACGGGUUUCGGUAUGUCUAAGA